AUGCCGUUAAUCACAUUCAAGAAAGCAUUUUUGUUGAGCGCAUUAGCUUUGAAGAGCAGUGCGACCCCCACACCUUCAACCCAUGUUUCUGUCUCCGUCAACCCAAAAGUUCGAUUUCAAGAGGUCGACGGCUUCGGCGCAUCUCAGGCCUUUCAGCGUGCCGAAGAUGUCUUUGGAAAAUAUGGUCUCUCCAAAGUCAAUCAAACCCAUGUCCUCAAUCUUCUUUACGAUAAAGAUAUUGGUGCUGGUUUUACAAUUCUGCGCAAUGGCAUUGGCUCUAGCAAUACCUCAGACAGCAACUUCAUGAACUCCAUCGAGCCAGCUGACCCCGGAAGCCCGACCGCCAAGCCCGAUUAUGAAUGGGAUCACUAUAACAGCGCUCAAUUCCCAUUGGCUCAGCAGGCCGAUACUCGUGGUCUGCAGACCCUUUACGCGAAUGCGUGGUCGGCUCCCGGUUACAUGAAGACAAACGAUGACGAGAAUAACGGAGGGUAUCUGUGUGGUGUGACCGAUGAGACCUGUGCAAGCGGAGACUGGAUACAGGCUUACGCCGACUACCUCGUUCAGUAUGCACGAUUCUACAAGGAGUCGGGUGUGGAGGUUACGCAUUUGGGUUUCUUGAAUGAGCCACAAUUCGCUGCUAGCUACGCUGGUAUGCUCUCGAAUGGCACUCAAGCAGCAGAUGUGAUUCGUGUACUUGCCAAGACUAUCAAAAAAUCAGGCCUUGAUCUCAAGAUUAACUGCUGCGACGGCAUUGGAUGGGAUGAUCAGGAGGCCAUGAUGGCUGGCCUGGAGGCCGGCCCUGACCCAGCCAUCAACUACCUCGACACGGUUACUGGGCAUGGAUAUGAUUCUGCUCCCACAUACCCCCUCAGCACCAAGAAGAAGACAUGGUUGACAGAAUGGGCCGAUCUCAGCGGUGGCUACACUCCAUUCACAUUCUACGAAAAUGGAGGCGUUGGUGAAGGCAUGACUUGGGCGAACCAUAUCCAGGUCGCUAUGAGAGAUGCAGGUACCAGUGCCUUUCUGUACUGGAUCGGAGCAGAGAACUCAACUACAAACAGUGCUCUUAUAAAUCUUAUCAAUGACGAGGUGAUACCCUCGAAGCGAUUCUGGGCCUUUGCUCAAUUCAGCAAGUUUGUGCGUCCGGGCGCUUAUCGGGUGGAAGCGAGCAGCUCCAAUGCCAAUGUCACGGUCAGCUCUUUUGAAAAUGAGAAUGGCAAGAUUGCUACUCAGUUGCUUAAUCAACUUGGUGUGGAUGUUGAAGUAUCUGUCCAGAUUGCAACCCUCAAGUCUGACAUUGUCAUUCACCCUUACUUGACAAACAACGAGUACGACUUGGAGGCUCUAAGUACUUUCAAGUCUGAAAAAGGAGGCUCAUUCCAAGCUCGGGUUCCGGCAAGAUCCAUGAUCAGCUUUGUGUCGGCAUGA